AUGAGGACCUGUUCAAAUGCAAUGCAUGCGAAAAAAAAUUCAUUCGAAAAAGUGUUCUGGUUGUACAUAAAAGGACUCACACAGGUGAGAAACCAUUCAAAUGCGAUAUAUGUGAUAAAAGAUUCACUCAUAAGUGAUUAUGCGCUUGUGCAUAGAAGGACUCACACAGGUGAGAAACCGUUCAAAUGCGAUAUAUGCGGGAAGAAUUUCACUCAGAAAGGCAGUUUGCUUGUACAUAGAAGGACUCACAAG